GCCCACAAUCAUCCGUUGAACAUUCAAGAAGCACAAAGUGGAAGAAAACCCGGUAGAAAUUAGGGCUUUUCUUUUCCCCCCAAUUCACAUACUCUAUAAAAGCCCUAGCGGUGUUUAAUCGUCUUCCUCAGCUCAUCGUCUUCGAAGUUUGAUCUCCAUUUUUAAGCUUACAAGAAAUCAUGGUGAAGGGUCCUGGUCUAUACACUGACAUUGGCAAAAGAGCCAGAGAUCUUUUGUACAGGGAUUAUCAGGCCGAUCAUAAGUUCACCAUCACGACCUAUUCACCUACUGGAGUUGCAAUCACAUCCUCUGGAACAAAGAAAGGUGAACAAUUUCUUGCUGAUGUCAACACCCAAUUAAAAAGGAACAACAUUACUACAGACAUCAAAGUCGACACAAACUCCAAUCUCUCCACAACCAUUGUAAUUGAUGAACCUGCUCCAGGUUUGAAAGCAAUCCUUAGCUUCAAAGUUCCUGAUCAAAGAUCUGGCAAGUUGGAACUCCAAUAUUUGCAUGACUAUGCUGGAAUCUGCACAAGUAUUGGGUUGACUGCAAAUCCAAUUGUCAACUUUUCUGGUGUGAUUGGAAACAAUGUUACUGCUAUUGGAACUGAUGUUUCCUUUGAUACCAAAACUGGAAACUUCAUCAAAUAUAAUGCUGGAAUUAGCUUUUCCAAUGCUGACCUGAUUGCUGCUUUGACCCUGAAUGAUAAGGGAGACUCAUUGAAUGCAUCAUACUACCACACUGUGAAACCAUUGACCAACACAGCAGUUGGUGCAGAAGUCAACCACAUCUUCUCAACCAAUGAAAACACAAUCUCGGUUGGGACCCAACACGCAUUGGACCCGUUGACCACGGUCAAAGCCCACAUCAACAACCAUGGAAAAGCAAAUGCUCUUAUCCAACAUGAAUGGCGCCCUAAAUCACUAUUUACCAUUUCGGGUGAAGUUGACACCAAAGCUGUUGACAAGAGUGCCAAAUUUGGACUUGCAUUGGCUCUUAAGCCAUGAUAAUAACUUUUGAAGGUUUUUAAAUCAUCUUUAUAUUAUACUUUUGGCAGUUUUCUUUUUCUUCAAGGUAGAAAUAAUUUCGUGACAGU